UAUUGAUAGCGUACGUCACACAAUUCUAUGCAUUUUAUUCGGUCAUUUCAUAUUAUAAUCUUUUGCCGAUUACCGAAUUUGUAUGAGCAAUAUCUGUUUAACUAUACCGCAUACUAAUAUUUACUAUUUAUCUUGAGUGUUUCUCGCAGGUACACAUAAAUAAUGACCCCAGUGUAACUUGUACAUCCUGUCCAUACAACUAAUUUCGUCGGACCGUAAUUUCAUAAUAGUACGUGUUACAUAAUAUUGUUACCAUGGCCGAACCCGAUGAAAACCCCUUUGGAGAUCCACAUCCUUUUCAGGAUCCUUCAGUCAAAGAAUUAACCAAUAAUAAAGUACAGUCCUUAAUUGAAGAUUUCAAUCCGUUUGGAAAGGAUCAAAAUGUGGUUAACAAUGCGAAACCAGCUGUUAGAGGUGCCACAAAUCCACCCUUGAAUUCUAUGCCAGCCGUUAUGUCGCCCACACAAGAAUAUCCAGCAACUUCUCAAGUUACGUCUACAUAUGGUAGAAAUCCUGGUGAUGUUUCUGCUGAUCUUUUGGCUAGAAAAGCCGAACUGGACAGAAGACAAGCAGAGUUGGAUAGGAGAGAAGAAGAACUGCGUACUGCAUCAAUCAAUGUACGCCAGAAUAAUUGGCCACCAUUACCUAAACAGUGUUGCUAUCAGCCUUGUUUUUAUUUGGAUAUCAACGUAGAAAUCCCACCAGAUUUUCAACACGUUGUAAGACAGCUAUAUUAUAUAUGGCUCUAUCACACUGGGUUAUUAGCAUCAAAUGUAUUGAUUGCUACCAUUUUAUUAUUUUUCAAAGGAGCUGUUGGAACUUUUAUUUCGUCAAUUAUUUACACUGCUAUAUUGGUGCCACUUUCAUUUUUAUGUUGGUUCCGUCCAGGUUAUAAGGCAUUUCGUGAUGAUAGUUCAUUCAAUUUCAUGCUAUUCUUCUUUGUGUUUUGUAUCCAGUUUGUUAUAUCUAUUGUUCAAGCAUUAGGCUCAGAUGGCUCUGGUUAUUGUGGAUUUUUUACAGCUAUUGCUACAUUCAAGACAACUCCUCCGAGCCCUUUUAUAGGAACAUUAGUUUUGAUGUUGGCUAUUGCAUUUGCUAUAGGUGCAGUUAUGGAUUUCUUCUUGCUGACCAAAAUACAUAGAAUUUAUCGUAGUUCUGGUGCCAGCUUUGCUAAAGCGCAAGAAGAAUUCCGUUCUGGAGUCAUUUCUAGUGGUGCUGUCACCAAUGUUAUAACAUCUAACAUCAGAUUUUAAUAAAAUACUGCUGAUAAUUAUAUCUUCUCAUUAUAUCCAUUUUAACACAUAAUAAAAUAUUAAAAUAUAUAUUGAUGUUUUGCAUCUCCAUUAUGUAAAUAUUUUUUUUUUUUUGCUAAAACAAUAUUCUUAUAGUGCAUAGUCAGUAGCAGCUAUUAUUCGAAACUUAAAAAUAUACCCUUUAAAAUACUUUUUGUUUAUGACCAAUUUAUUAUUAGGACUUAAUGAUAAAAAAUAAUUAUGAAUAGUUAAUUGUCCUAUUAAUUAUUAUCAUAUUUUUCUAUAGUUAGUUUAACUAUAAACUUGUGUUUUAUUAUAAUUUAUUAAUCGCUUAUUAUUUUAUAUACAAUUUUUACAACAGUAA